UUAGUUUUCCUUUUAGUUUUCCUUUUGUUACUUUAAUUUAAGUUGUUUUCGAUAUCGCUAUAUUAAUAGUAAAGUUCCUAAGGACUUUAUUUAUAGUGCACUUUAUGUAAGCGAGCCCUACCACGAAGAUUGGCUUGUGUAAAACCUUUACAAAAACCUUUACAUUUUAAUGAUUAUAUUGUAUUUUCUUAUGGUCAAGUCGUUCAUAAUCUUUCAGUCUUGAGCUCAGAACGUUUCCUGAUCACGUGGCCUAUGCAUGACCCUUACCCUUGAACAAAAUCCGUAUAUAAAUUACUUUCUUCCUCCAAGGCAAGACAAGGUUAGGCUGGCCUAAAGUACGAUUAAAUUGGGGAAUAUCCCGAAUCAGAUUGAUUAUUUGAUUUAUGCUACAUUGAGGUUUCUUGGUCGUUAACGCUAAUAUACCAUUUUGAUACGCAGCUGUUUUAUCUUACAGCUUAAACAAUGAACAACAUCACAUCGGAUCCAACAACGACUCCAUGUGCUGUGAACAGAAGAUAUUAUCCUCACAUGUUCUUAAUACCAGCUGUAAUAAUUAUUACAAUCUUGGCCUUUUUGCGAAGACGGAGCAGUUUUAAGAAGCAAGUUUGGGGAGGUCGACCUGGACUAGUUAUACCUAUAGACUUCCUUGGAAUCGAUCAUGAUCGACUGGCAAUCGUGUUUGUGUUCGGAGCUGCUACUGGUUCAAUCGUUGAUCUUAUCCUCACAAAAUACGAAGGAAGGAAUAUUUGGGAAACCGCAUUUAUUGGUAUUGGCAUUGCUCUAGAGGUAGCUUUUCUAUAUUACCCAUACUUUGCGUGUUUGGCGUCGUAUCACAGAAUUAUCGGAGCGUUGAUGGGACUACCUUAUGCAUCAAUUAUGUUUGCGCUAGGAAAAACGAUGGAUCUUGAAGAGUGUAAUGGCAAUACGAGAACUUGGCAAGAUGUUGUUUUUAUGUACAUAUUACCAAAUAUACUGACAAUUAUAUGUCACUUGUGUAUUCUGGGAAAGUUUAUCAUUGUGCUGUACCAAGAGAUUAAGGAAUACGGGAUCUUUGGAAUCCAGAUUUUCGAUCGUAGGAAUGAAGAUUUAUCCAUGCAAGUGAAUUUGACCAGGCCUUGGUUAAUAAACCAUGUGAAGGAUCUUAUUAAAAGAAGAACACCUCAAUAUUCAAGGACUGAGUAUUACUUAAGGAAAAUCUACAAUCCUGAGAAAAAUUUUAAAUUUUCCACUCAAACGCUCUCCGUUGUGAUGAUAUGUAGUAUUUUGUGCUACAAAAUUUCGUUCAUACUUGUUUUGCAAGCAAGUACGUUACUGGACGCAAUAAAUGAUGACGAUUCUGAUCAUAUAUUGGUUAAACUUUCACGUGGAUUUUUUGGUGCAUUACUCGCUGGGACUAUCCUCACUGCUAUUUUUUGUGUCGUGUCCAUCAUUCGUUUUAUGGAAAAUCAUAAGAAUAACAUGCUGCAGAUGUUUAAGGGGGAUAAAUCGUUCAUUCCACGAAAGAUCAAUGUCACUCAGUUCAUGAUAGGAAAGGGAUUACGAUAUCACAGUUAUCAGAUUGGUUACUUCCUGUGGGGUUACGCGUUGCUUCUUUCGUUGUUCUUUCUUAUCUGUUUC